AUGAAAUGUUCCCAGUGCAAAAAUGAUAAACUCUCUAAGGAGUUUCCAUCGAAUAUGAUUACAGAACGGUGUAAUCAUAUUCCUUCUUAUUGUUUAAGUUGUUUGAUAAAAAAUUUAGACUUGGCAAAUACCACUGAUCAAAAAAUUCGUAAAUGUCCCGAAUGUUCAGAGAAAUUAUCCGAAAAAGAAUUAAGACUAAUAUCUUUAGCAUGGGAUAGAGUUUCAUUUAAAAUUGAUGUAGGUAAUAUUGGAAAGGCAAAAACAACACAAAGUAUUAAUGCAGCUGAUGGAAACAAUAAUAUGGAAGACAUUUAUGUUGUAUUAUUAAAUGGGCAAAAGUGCCGUUUUCGAUACAAUCAAAUUAAAAAUAUUCCUAUGUUAAGAAAAGAAAUUAGAAAAAAAUUAGGUGUUGAUGAAAGUAAACAAAAAUUAAUUUAUAAUGGUGUUGAAUUGCAGGAUCAAGUUACCACACCUUGUACGUUACAGGAUUAUAAAAUUGAGCCAGGAAGUCAUAUACAAUUGAUUAUUGAACUCUAUGGCAGGGCUUAUGCAGAAUCCAUCAAUAGUCUCAUCUUUGAUUUAUUUUGGGGUUAUCCUGGAAGUAUAGAUUAUUUGGAGGGAAGUUGUUUACUUUACAAGGGUGAUGUAUUUUUUAGAAAAUAUGAUAAUAAAUCAGUAUUUUAUCCAUCAUUUCCGCAUAUAAAACAUUCAGGCAGUAUGAUAGAUGAUGCAAAUAAAAGAGGUCACGAACGUAUUACGGCGAAAUUAGAUACAUUACCACCUGAAGUAACACAAUUAUAUUUUGUUUUGAGUACGUUUAAAUCCCCUACUAUCGGUCAUUUUAAAGAUCCAGGUUUUAAGUUGAUAGAUGAAACUCAACCUGAUAAACCUUUAUGUACUUAUCAAUUAGAAAAAGCUGCUGACUCUCAAGCUGUCAUUAUGUGUUGUGUAUCAAGAGUUGGACAAGGUAUGUGGGAGGUCAUUGAGAUAGGUAAAUUAAGUCCGGGUAAUGUUGAAGAUUAUGAUCCAAUUGAAAGAAGUAUUGCUCAAUGUUCUCUAUUUGAUAAAUUACAUUAA